AUGUUCGGUUCGUCGGAGCUCGCCGGGCUGACAGGUCGAGGCCUGGUCGGGGGCGGGGGGGCGGGGAGUGGAAACCGCAGGGGGGGACCGUAUCAAGCGGAUGCAGUUACUGUGUUCGAGAACGAACUGGGGUUGUUUGUGUAUUCUCGAACCGGAAAGGAUGGUCUCGCCGGUGGAAAACCGUCAACGGUGGGCGAUCAAUGUCGCACCAUGAUUAGUGUUUCCGAGAAGCCUUGUUUGUGGGCGUUGCAGGAGAAGGGCUGA